AUGUACCUUGUGGGGGGGCGGCGGUCCCCGGACAUAGUCCUUUCAGGCAGUGGCCGUUUAGUCCAUGGUCCAUUUGAUGGUCGGUGCAAGGCCAGAAAUUGGAACACAUUGAUUCCGCUCGUUCCCGUCCUUCGCUUCGGGGCCCGUCCCUCGGUGUGGUCGGUACUUCAUACUGUCGGGCAGCGAAGCUUACACUUGUUCACUAAUUAUGACGGUUCGCCGGGGCCUCUUUCCUCCUCCCUUUUCUCGCUCACUCGUAGGGGACUAGUAGUUCCUCUUCCGUGUGCUUCGAACGGAGUUCAACCCCAACUCCAAAGGCUGGUUCAACUCCGGCUUGAUCGGAUGGUUGGCUUGGAGAAGAAAGAGAAGAAGCGAGACCAAGAAGAAGAAGAGGCAAGGGCAAGAAGAUCGAAGCUAAUCCUUGUCCGGGAAAGGCGAGACCGACUUGAUAAUGGUGCUUGCUCGCCUUGCGGCUCGUCGACCGCUUGCACCGAAACCCACCCGCUUGACCCCCGCCUACGACCUUCACAACCUUCUCCUUCCGUCCGCUUCACUCACUUCCAUCUUCUAAAGAAAGGUAGCAGCUAUCAUAGCAAAGAGCUUCGAGAUCGUCUCAAGAAGUCAAAGCCCACUUCUUGCUCAUUCACAAGCGUGAAAGCGCACCUCCAACAAGCACCUCCCUCCUUGGGAGCAGACUUCCUUGAUAACGUCCUCAACCCUAUCUCUCAUGGGCCAAUCAAGAGAAGACAAAGAAGCAUGAAAUCCCUCCGUCCGAGCGGAAGCAGAUAUGACAUAUCCUCCGAAAGCUGGAAGGUAGCUACACGCCAAGAGAUUGACUGGGCAAGGAAGUCGAAUCUCGGAGUUAGUUCAAGCUUUCAGAGCGGUAGCAAGAAAGACAAGAGCAAGAAGGCUCUAGGGCUCCUCGUUUCCGAGAAGAAUAAAACAGGAGGAUGGGGCUUGGGAUCGGAUCUUCUAAGGCGGACUUUGCCGGGUAUGAAGGAAUGA